GUAGCUUCGUGCUUUCGUCCUGCUUGCUGUCUGCUCACACACAGGCACGAAGAAGAAGGAAAGAAAAACAAGAACGCAGGCAAAUGCGCUCCGUUUCUUCCUCGGCUCGUAGUCGUUUUCUGUGGCCCGAAUCGUGCGAAUGUCCUGUGGCCAACUCCCGUAGUGUCCAGCCGAGAGCGCAUACCACUACCGUGUACACCGUGGCUCCGUUGCUCCGAAGGAAUGUGGAAAAGUGUAAAUUAAUCGUGCCCAAGCUGUUUUAGCCUGUUUGUGAGAAGAGUCGGUCGUGUUCCGGUGGCGGUGUGGUGGUGGUGCGGUUUUUGCUACGACAGGAAGCAGCGGCAGUCGUGUGCAGCGUGUGCAGUGUGUGUGUGAGUAAUUGUUUUGUUCGAUCAGUGUGGGAACGGUUUGUGAGUACUGUUGCGGUGCGUGUGUGUAAUACGUGCGUUUGUAAGUUGUGUAAGCAAGAGUGUGUGUUUGUGCGUGCAUGUGCAUAUUGUUAAAGUGCGAACCCGUCCGCAAAACGACGCGAGUAAAACCCGGUUUGCCCCUAGUGUGCGAGAAGCCGCCCUUGCUGUCUCUAGUAGGGAUCUCUGUGUCUUGUUCGUUGUCUUGUGUUGUGUGCGCGCAUUUACUGGCUCUUCCGCCCGGUCAACUAUAACGCUCUACAUCCGCACGUGUGUGGCUGGGUGCGUCAAAGCAACCCAGUGGUCAAAGCAAGCGGUGCCGCCACUCUCGUCUACCGAUAAGCAGAAGCAUUGCUGUGUCGAUUACACUUUGCUCAUACACUACACACACCCUUCGAAGCGAAGUAACCAACAGGCGGGAGAGAGCAGCGCUAACAGAAACCGGAAGAUACGCACAAACCACGCUGCCCUCUUGUACGUACAAACGCAAAUCCUUUUGCAAAUCGUGUGUGUGUGUGUCUGUGGUGAAGACAAGUGAUUUCGAUCGUUCGAUCGGGUGGAGAUUCCCGUGCGAAAGCACAUAGAGAAAGAAGACACAUAUAUACACAGCGUAGUAAUGGCUGAGGCAGCAAACAACGGUGCUGGAGCGUCGGGAUCGGGCGCCAACAACAACCCGAACGCCGAAGUCGUCAUCCGUGGACAGGUGUUCGAGGUUGGCCCCCGGUACACAAAUCUGGCCUAUAUCGGCGAGGGAGCCUACGGAAUGGUGGUCUCUGCAGUGGACACCGUCACCAAGACCAAAGUUGCCAUCAAGAAAAUAUCUCCCUUCGAGCAUCAGACCUACUGUCAGCGAACAUUGCGGGAAAUCAAAAUUCUUACCAGAUUCAAACACGAAAACAUCAUAGACAUAAGAGAUAUCCUCCGGGUGCCUAGUAUAGAGCAGAUGAAAGAUGUAUAUAUUGUUCAGUGCUUAAUGGAGACUGAUCUAUACAAACUACUAAAAACACAGCGACUAAGCAAUGAUCAUAUCUGCUAUUUCCUGUAUCAAAUACUUCGUGGCCUGAAGUACAUCCACUCGGCAAACGUGCUGCACAGGGAUCUGAAGCCCAGCAAUCUGCUGCUGAAUACGACUUGUGAUUUAAAGAUUUGUGAUUUCGGUCUUGCACGCGUAGCCGAUCCCGAGCACGAUCACACCGGCUUCCUGACGGAGUACGUGGCCACCAGAUGGUACCGGGCGCCAGAAAUCAUGCUCAAUUCCAAGGGCUACACAAAAUCGAUCGACAUCUGGUCGGUCGGCUGCAUACUGGCGGAGAUGCUGAGCAACCGGCCCAUCUUCCCCGGCAAACACUAUCUCGAUCAGCUGAACCACAUCCUGGGCGUGCUGGGCUCCCCGUCCCAGGAGGAUCUGGAGUGCAUCAUCAACGAGAAGGCGCGCAGCUACCUGCAGUCGCUGCCGUACAAGCCGAAGGUCCCGUGGUCGCGCCUCUUCCCCAACGCCGACCAGAAUGCGCUCGAUCUGCUCGGCAAGAUGCUCACGUUCAAUCCGCACAAUCGCAUCUCGGUCGAGGACGCGCUGGCCCAUCCCUACCUGGAGCAGUACUACGAUCCGGCGGACGAGCCUGUGGCCGAGGAACCGUUCCGUAUCGCGAUGGAGCUGGACGAUCUGCCGAAGGAAACGCUGAAACAAUUAAUCUUCGAGGAAACGCUGCGCUUCAACCACAACGAUCCGCCAGUAUAAGCAGCCUACACUAGCCCACUCCCCACCUCCCCCCUCGACAGCUCAUGCAGACGGAACACACCAGAAGAACCACACAGUUCCAGAGCCCAUGGUUGGCCAGCAUCAGCAGUGCGUUGGAGUCAAUGGAUCCGCGACCCAUCGCAGCGCCCACUGUCUCUAGGAUAGCCUGUAUGAGUGUUUGUGUGUGUGAGUGUGUGUUUACAUGUUAGUAUCUUGUGGGGCGGAGGGGAGAUGAAAGGAUAUAUGUGGUAGUUAAUGCCAAACCUUCAAAACACAGGAGUUUCAACAGCAGCAGAGCUUUCGACAAGAUAUCUCUCCUAUGUGCAGCUAUGCA